AUGUAUAAAGUCCCUCAAAAAGUACAGAAGGUAAUGGUACAGCCCAUUAACCUUAUCUUUCGGCACUUGCAAAAUCGUGCUAAAGUUCAAGUAUGGCUUCAGGAGAAAAUUCAUUUAAGGAUCGAAGGACAUAUUGUGGGUUUUGAUGAAUAUAUGAAUCUGGUUUUGGAUGAAGCUUGUGAAGUUAACACUAAAGUUGACUCACGGAAACCUGUUGGCCGUAUAUUGUUGAAAGGAGAAAACAUUACAUUAAUACAAAAUAUGACUCCAUCCAUAGGAUAG